AUGGAAUCGAUGCGCAGCGCACUGUUCAGCUUCAAAGUGAGCAACGACCCGGCGGUGAUCACCAGUAGAGUGCACGACGUCCUGAGGGCCUUCUUUCCCCUGCUGACGGAGAAGCAGGAGCUGCCGCUGGGCCCGGACAACGGCUUCCUGGUGGCCUUCACCGGCGUCAGCGCCGCCUUCACCUUCAGCCUGCGCUACUACCAGGCGGAGCACUACUACACCCUCACCGGCGACGUCUCCAAGUCCUGCGAGGCGGCCUUUGAGCGUUUCACCAACGCCGGCAUGGAGAAACUGCAGGCGGCCCUCUGCAGCGGCGUGCCCGGCGUGAAGGACGUCGAGCGGCUGCUGGUGAUGAAGCGCAACUGCGCCGUGCCGCAGUACUUCGAGAAGUCGAACAACAAGGUGCUGGAGUACGACUUUGACCAGGUGGUGCACCACGAGAAGUCGCCCUACCAGGACAUCAAGAUUCUCCACUCGCCCACGCUAGGCAACGUCCUCCUGCUAGACGACCUGCAGAAUCUGGGCGAGUGCGACAUCAACUACACGCACGGCCUGAUGAAGUUUGGCGUCAACAGCUACAAAGAUAAGGAGGUGCUGAUACUGGGCGGCGGUGACGGCGGCCUCCUGCACGAGCUGCUCAAGGAGAGCCCCAAGUUUGUCACCAUGGUGGACAUUGACGGCGCCGUGAUGAACGCCUGCAAGGUGCACCUGCGUGGCGCCUGCGGCGACUCGCUGGACUCCUUCACCGGCACCAACUACGAGGUGAUUGUCGGCGACUGUCUGCAGUACAUGAAGCGCUACGCUGAGGAGGGCAGGCAGUUUGACUACGUCUUCAACGACCUGACGGACAUUCCCAUCAGCAGCAAGGACAGCAAGCAGAAGGACGAGCAGCCGACGCUGGAGCUGUGGGAGUUUGUUCUGAAGAUUCUCAAGCUCGGUCUGCCGCUGGUGAAGCCGGACGGCAAGUACCUGAACCACGCAAUCGGCGUCAGUUGCGUCAGCGCCCUGGAGGAGUACGAGAAGGUGCUGAAGCAGCUGCCCAUCAAGGUGAACUUUACCAGCCACACUGCCUUUGUCCCCUCUUUCAUGGAGGAGUGGGUCUUCUACGAGAUUACCAAAGCGGAGGCGGAGGCGGAGGCGGAGGAGCCAUCUGCUGCUUAA